AAUAUUUAGAAACUUUGAAUAGUUGUGCUAAUCUAAGUAGUUUGCAAAUUGGUGAACUUAACAUUCGAUUAUCAAAAUUUGAAGAAAUAUAUUCAGAAUAUGAUAGCCUCCAAACAGAGAUAGAACAAACAUCUGAAAUUCCAAACGAACAGUUUCAGGAUCGAGAGGCCUUUGAGACCAAGUACUUCGGUGCAAUGGCGCUCGCUCGGGAGGUGCUGGCGCGGAACGAUUGCCCUGCGCGCUCUGGUUCGGGCUCCGGCUCCAGGUCAGGUUCUUGUGUACACCAAGUUCACUUAGUAAUGGCGAAGAGUCGUGUGGCUCCAAUAAAACCCACGACAGUCCCGCGGCUAGAGCUGAGUGGAUCGCUACUCGCUGCUAGGCUCGUGGAGAAAUUGAAGAUUUCACAAAGAGUAUAUUUCAGAACUUCAAAGGCGACAGAAAUGGAGCAAAGAUGGAGGACACCUGAAAUUGGGCGAAAUGGUGCUCGUAAAAGAUGAACGACUGCCGCCCAACCAAUGGCUGCUGGGGCGUGUAACGCAACUUUACCCUGGCUCCGACGGCAUAGCCCGCGUUGCUGAUAUCCUCACCACGUCAGGGACUUUUCGACGUGCAUUUAAUCGAUUGUGUCCGCUGCCAGUGGAAGACCAGAACUGCAUUCCUGGGGGCCCAGCAUGUUGACGCGAUGCAUAUGUAUGCUGCACACAGACACACACACGCAUAUACGGCGAUUCACAGAGGACGGCGCGCGCGACCUUCAGUCACCUUAUAGCACUCGCCUAAGACACCCGCAUUUGCAUUGUAUUACUUAUUUUAUUA